CGUAAUUUUCAUCCUGAUGAUUUCCACCGAUAACGGUUUCAUUCAACACAUAUCACCGUUCGUGAUUGGUGUUUGGAACGACAUCACGUGUUACGAAGAAGAAAGCGCGCCGGAUGGCCUUCCGGAUUUUGAUCCGCAAUUAGCUUAUCGCAGAAGACUGUCUCCUCAGCCAAACUCGUGAAGCUAAAGAGCAGGUCCUGGGUGGGUGGAGCUAAUUUUGCUUCAAAAAUUAGACAAAGUUGAUUAGGAUCGGACCAUCCCUUCUAAGGCAUUAUGUAACAACACAACUUUCUCGCUACUUACAUGAGAGGCCGGGGAAUCAUUAACUAAUUGUAAGACAUUUUUCAGGCUAGCAAAAUUGCGCUUGUGCCUCGCUAUUCACCUUCUUGAGGCUAGAUAGCUGGCGUUAAUAGUGCUUGACUCAAUAAACAAAUGUUUUUGUCCAAGGACGAAAUACAAAUUCCAAUGUAAAUUUGUCUUCUUUCUCUACAAGAUAAAGAUCAUAUAACUUCAAGAUAGGAAUUGUUCAAUCGGUGGUUAUUUCCGUAACAUAAUUAAUACCCUAAAAAAUGUUCAAGAUUUAACGUAAAAUUUCGAGGGAAGUAUUAUCUCGAAUUAUUAUGAAAUUAUUAUUGAAAGAAGAAGAAUUUUCAAUUAAUAUUUCAAUGAUAUUUUUCACCAUGUUUUUCUUUGUUGUUAUGUAGAUGUGCCUGGUACACCCAAAUGCUUCAAGCUAAUUGUUUUAAUUUAAAUCCCUCGUGAUACUAAAAAAACCAAACAUUAAUAAUAUAUCUCAUACUUCUAACAUUAUCACCUAAAUUGAUAAUAACAAUUUAGAGCGUGUCUAUACCAUCACGUGAUAAACAUUUUAAAAGAAAAAUGACCGAUGCUUCUUACUAUAUCUUAUCAUUUAUAUUGUUUUAAGACUGCUUAUCAGGAUCUUUUACCGUUUUAUUAGAAAAUUUUGUAACAGUAUAACUAUAUAUCCUUUAUACUAACCGACAACAGAUAAACCAAUGACGGAUAGAAAUAUCUUCUUCCACGAGACAUCCUGCUUCGACAAAGAUGGUUUGGUGCUGAACGCUCGUCAAGCAUGUGCCGUCGAAUCCGCGGCUAAAAUGAAUCCAAGUAUGAACGUGUAUUUGCUGUUCAUCUCCCCUUCGAAGAUUUCGGACCAAUCAAGAGAAAUGUUCAAUCAACUGCAAACCUAUUCAAACGUUCGGAUCAGGCAUAUUAAACCAGAAAAAUACAUGAGGGACACACCUCUGCAUCUAUGGUAUAGUAGUGGCAUAUUGAAAAAAAGUUAUUGGCCAAGAAGUCAUAUGUCAGAUAUUCUCAGAUACCUGACCCUUUGGAAAUAUGGAGGAAUAUAUUUGGAUCUGGAUGUUGUUGUCAUCGCAUCCCUCGAACGUUUAAGAAAUUUUGCCGGUGCCGAAGACUGGAAAAAUGUUGCUGCCGGUGUUAUGGGAUUUGACGUUACAGAGUUGGGUCGUCGUAUGGCAGAUGCCUGCAUUCGCGAUAUGCGAGCAAACUUCCGAGGUGACGUCUGGGGCAAUAAUGGUCCUGGUGUGAUCACUAGAACGUUGCAAAAACUCUGUUCAACUAAAUACGUUCGUGAUAUGACCACAAGUCGGUGUCAUGGCUUUAAAGUUUUCUCUCCAUCGACCUUUUAUCCGAUCCAUUACGAGAAAUGGAAGAUAUAUUUUGAAACAAAGGACAAGAACACAACGAUGCAGAUCGUGGACAAGGCGAUGGCCAUUCAUGUGUGGAAUAAAUUCAGCAAAUUCGAAAAAGUGGACGUAAAUAACGAUGUUCCGUACGUGAUCAUCGCGAGAAAACAUUGUCCAAAGAUUUUUAACAAUUGUGGAAAGACAUUUUAAAGAAUAGAAGUGAAUCUAAACAACAUAUCUUCUAUAUCAUACCUUGUAUGUAUGUACAUAAUUUUUUACAAUAACAAACUCUAUGCUUUGUAGUUUGUACACUACUUCUUAUCUAAAUGGCCAAUACGGGUGCUUGCACUCAUAUUUUUCUUAAAAUAUUGGUAAAAGAUAAUGCAGUUCAAUCAACGAUCGUCGCCAGAUGCAAAAUUUAUUGAAAAGCAGAUUAUUACAAUAUCAAAGACCAAAUUCAGGAAAAAAAAAGUAAAAACAAAUAAUAUACAUACAUACAUAUCGUAUAUCAUAUCUAUCAAAUCUAUACAUAUCUACAUCUAGUUAUGUAUCUAAUGGAUAAUAAGGACUACAGUUUUAAUCAUAUCAAACCUUUGUUAAAAUAUCCACUAUUAAAUCAAGAAAAUUUAGUAGAACGUGAGAAAUUACGUUAUUUAUGAACUAUACAAAAAAUGAUUGAGACAUUCGAUAUAAUCAUAAAUAUUCAGAUAGGUACAUAUGUAUAAUAACUAUGUGAACCUAAAAAAGUUUUUCAAUCUUUAAAAAACGCUGAUAUGUACUGUGAAACAUUCUUCCGCUGACGCGAUUAUAUAUCUUUGCAUGCCCUCUUUAAGCAGCAUUAUCUCAUAUUUUAUUAGCAAACUAAGAAACAGUUGAAGAAAAAUGAAUAUGUAUUAAAAAUCGCACUUGAAAGGAAAAUACGAGCAUACGUUAAUUGAUAACAAGGAAAUACAUAUCAGAAAUAUGUACUGCGCAAGAGCGAAUGAAUGUAAAAAUGAACAUUUCUAACAUUGAAAUAUGCAAAUUUAACGUCUAAAAAAAGAGAAUGUUUAUAUUAUAAAAAUGAAUAUUUGAUGACGUCGAAUUGACUGCCUUGUGAACACCCUGUUAAUGAACACAGUGUUUGUUCGUGUUCCUAUAUACAUAAUAUAUAUUUAUAUAAUUCAUGAAUUAUUAUUAUGCAAAUACAAAAAUCUUAUUAUGCACCCGUUUUGAAAGUUUUAUGUGUUUUGUAUGCAUUUACAACUAUUUGCAUACCCCGGUUGUAUGUUGAGAAAGAAAUAAAAAAUAUUGAGCCCUUAUACAUGAAAAGAUAAUACGAACUUUUAUUAAUUCCGUAUAUAACCUUAAAAAUGAAAAAGAUAUUAUACAUAUGUCGUAUCGCAUAAAUAAAUAGUUAAUUGUGCGCAAUAAUAAGAUACGUGAAAUAAAUGAUUCGAUAGUGAA